CCCUGGAGCGCUGACGUAGCACGGAAGCAAGCACGUGCGAGCCGGCGAGCACUAUGGCGGCCACCCGUCUCCUCGGGGCUUCCCGGAUGUGGACCUACUGUCAGCUCCAAGCUCUCCCCGUCCCUGGACCUGGAAGACCCUUUGCCCGGGACUACGCCAAGAAGCCAGUCAUGAAGGGUGCCAAAGGCACCAAGGGCAGCAUGGCCACUGAGGCCCUGAAGGACCCUGAGGUGUGCACAGACCCCGCCCAGCUAACCACACACGCCAUGGGGGUCAACAUCUACAAGGAAGGCCAGGAUGUGGCUCUGAAGCCAGACUCGGAGUACCCCGAGUGGCUAUUCCAGAUGAACUUGGGUCCUCCCAAAAAGCUGGAGGAGCUGGAACCCGAAUCCCGAGAGUACUGGCGACUGUUGCGCAAACAGAACAUCUGGCGUCACAACCGGCUAAGCAAGAACAAGAAGCUAUAGUGUGGUGUUGGAGCAUCUCACAGAAAGCUGCCCUGCCCGAGCCAGCAAGAAGGCUCAAUGGUGAAAGGAGCUUGCCACCCAGAUCAAGACCUGAGUUCAAUCCCCAGAACUCCCAUGGUGGAAGGAGAGAACCGACUCCUGUAAAUUGUCCUCCAACCUCCACAUGUAUGUCUUUGUAAGUGUAGGCCAUGUGCAUAGACACACACAAUGAACACAUAUAAAAAUAAAUGAAUAAAAGACA